AUGAAGGUCCUCAAUGCGGGUGACCACCCGCUCUCGAAUGCAGAUGUCUUGGACUGGCUUAAACGAAAACGCGCCCAACAUCGAGAGGAAGACGCAGAAGACAAGAGCAAGGGCGUCAAGCCAGCAGCACGGCCCAAGAACUUCAUGGCAGCACUCAAUCGCCUCGAGCGCGAGCUUGACUCUGGGAAAUAUCCGUACACGAAGAAUCCCUCCGUCUACCAGGGUCCAGCGCGGAAAGAGAAGUUUCAAGAGUUUGUGAUACAAGUGGAAGGUAGGAUUCAAGAUCAGUUGGAAGCCGAAUGGAAAGACAAGCUGGCUACGAUGAGCAAAGAGCAGGUGGACAAGGACUUUGCCGCAGAGCAGGAGAAGAGAUGCCUCACGCAGUCGGAGAUGCUCAUGAUCUACAAUCACGCGCCCACUUGCGUGGAGAUGUUGCAGCCGAUGAUCGAGAACGUGGAGGAUAGGUUUACUGCAGAGGAGCAGCAGCUUCUGGUGGAUGUCAUCGUCCGAACGCUUCGUCCGGAGGAGCCACACCUUCAACAGGCGACAUAG